CUACUACUCUCCCAAACAUUCACACACAGUCACACACUGUUCUUGUGCCGAGGAUUAUUUAUAGCCUCCACGGCUCCACAUCGAUUAUUAGUACUGGGACUUAAUUACUCAUUCCCCUCUGCUCCAUCCACCUCAUGUUCUUGAAUUUCUUGGGAUAUUAUCUCCGGUUCCGCACCGGAGCAGCAGAUUUAUAGCCUCCCACUUUAGCCUCUCCUUUCUGCUUGUCCCUUUCCCCCAGUGCGGAGGUUAGCAUCCGGCAGAAGCAAAGCGCUGGUUCUUCUUGUGAUUUCUACGCUCCUUUUUGGCUGCAAGAUCUGAUAGAAAGGGGAGAAAAGCAAGAGAGGGGGGGGGGGGGGUUCUGUUCUUACCUGGAAUUCUUCAGCAAUGAGGCCGGAUGCGCGGCUGGAUUCGGUGGUCUUCCAGCUCACCCCCACCCGGACCAGGUUUGAUUUGGUUCUGAUACUGAAUGGCCGGAAGGAGAAGCUUGCAUCUGGUUUGCUGAAGCCCUUCCUGGCGCACCUGAAGGCUGCUCAGGAUCAGAUUGCCAAGGGAGGGUACUCUAUCACGCUCCAACCAAGCUCUGGCUUUGAUGCACCAUGGUUUACGAGAGGCUCUGUGGAGAGAUUUGUGCGUUUUGUGAGUACUCCGGAGGUCCUUGAGCGAGUGACGACACUAGAGUCUGAGAUCCUGCAGCUGGAGGAAGCCAUUGCUAUCCAGGGCAAUGAUAAUCUUGGAUUAAGAUCUGUAGAAGACCAUGGAAGAAAGUUGACUGAAAGCAAUGAAGGUGGCUGGGUAAAUUAUGACCCUGCUGCAGAUACGGCUAUUGUUGUCUACAAGCCUGGGUCACAUCCUACGCCACCAGUGCAGAAUGAAACAACAGUACAGGAGGAGAAUUCAAAAGUUCAACUGCUCAGAGUGCUUGAAUCCCGCAAAACUGUCUUACGGAAAGAGCAGGCUAUGGCUUUUGCUCGUGCCGUGGCAGCUGGGUUUGACAUUGACAACUUGGGUUACCUGAUUGCAUUUGCUGAGCGAUUUGGUGCUUCACGCCUGAUGAAGGCAUGUUCGCAAUUCAUUGAACUGUGGAAGCAAAAGCAUGAAACUGGACAAUGGAUUGAAGUUGAACCUGAAGCAAUGUCUACACGCUCUGAAUUUCCACCAUUUAAUGCAUCUGGCAUUGUGUUUAUGGGAGACAACAUGAAGCAAAACAUGGAAUCAGGGUCAGUUCCUAAUGGAGAGGCAAAUGGCGAAGAUGGAGCUAAAGCUGAUCAGAAGCCUGGCCACCAUAUGGGAUAUCAGACAGCAUAUCCCCCAUGGGCAAUGCAUCCUCCAUCUGGUGCAGCUGUUUACCCACCUUAUCCUAUGCAAGGCAUGCCAUUCUAUCCUGGGGUGAAUCCAUACUACCAUCCAUAUCCUCCAGUGGAUGACCCCAGGUACCACUACUCGGGAAGGAAAUCAUCGAGGAAGCACUCCUCGGAUAGUAAGGACUCAGAAACCCAAGAUGUUGAAAGUGACCGUAGCAGUUCAGAAAGAGGAAGUUCUCAUGGUCGCAAGCCGCAUAGAAAGGGUAAGAGGUCAGGCAAGAAGAAGCCUAGUGUAGUUGUUAUCAAGAAUGCAAAUGUAACAUCUAAAAAGCAUGGCUCAUCAGAGAGUGAGUCACAAUCAAGUUCUGAUGUUGGGUCUGAGGAUAGUGAUUAUUCACACUCAAAAUCAAGAGAAGGGAAGCAUAAAAGCUCAAGUUCAAAGAAAAAGGAGGGUAGGAAAACUACUUUCGACUCUGAAGAUGAGUAUAACAAGGAUGAAACAUCAAAUGGCCAAGAUGCUGACCAAGGCAACUGGAAUGCAUUCCAAAAUUUCUUGCUAAGAGCAGAAGAAAAAACAAGAUCUAAUGAUGCAGACCUAUUUGCUGGUGAAAAAGAGCCCCCAUCAAGGAGGAAAAAGAAUGUAAACACUGCUGAUACUAUUCUUUUUGCUGAGCGGGAUUCUGGAGACGUCCAUGAACGGAAGACAGUAGGAUUUGAUUCUGCUAGCGGGAGGACGAGAGCUAUUCGGAUUGUCUCCAAUGAUGAACUUGUGAUGUCUGGAGAAGGGAGAAGCUAUAUGGAUGGUGAAAUAAAGGAGAUAGAAGCUGGUGGAGGAAGGUACAGGAGAGGGACAAAUGACGACUUCAUGGUUUAUGAUCAGGAAAGGCAGAUAGACAGAAGUAGCUUGUUGGAUCCUCUUGCAGAGGCACGAUACAGGAGUCCCACUAAGCAGGACAAAAAUGUGAAUGGUGUGGCUGAUGAGUCUUUUAUGAUUCCUCUUAGAUCUGGCUCACAGGAUAACUUUGGAGCAGAAAAUCGAACUGCUAUUGACAUAGAUGUUGAGCUUCCUAUGAGCAUUCAGAAAACAUUAGAUGGAAAGUCUGGAAAUCAACUUUUCUAUGAGCCAGAUGACUUGAUGCCAGAGCGUGGAUCUGAAGAUGUUUCAUUUGGAUAUGAUCCGGCAAUGGAUUAUGAUAGCCAUAUGCAGAUGCAGACUAAUGUGAAGGUGGAAGAUACAACAGCAGAGGAUAUCUCACCGGGUAUUGAUGCUGAUGUGAAGAAGCCAGAGAAAGAGAAGCUAAGGAAUGCAAGGGAUGGUUCAGAUAAAAGACGGAAAGAUGCCUUAUUGAGGAGACUAUCAGCUCCAAAGACCCCACUGAAUGAUGCUAAAAAACGUGCACAAAACCUGCGGGCAUAUAAAGCAGACCUUCAGAAACUGAAGAAAGAGCAGGAAGACGAGCAAAUAAAGCGACUGGAGAGGCUUAAAUUAGAGAGGCAAAAGAGGAUUGCUUCAAGAGGUAACGGAAAGGGUCCAGGGAGCGAUCCUCAAAAAGCAAACAGUAUGAAUGGACUGAGUAAAUCAGUUCCAUCCUUUACUGGGGUGAAGAAAGAGAAAAAUGUAACAACUGAAUCAUUCAGGGAUCGACUGAAGAGGCUUUCUGAACCCAAAAGCAUUGGUGGGGUGGAGCAUUCUUCGAAUCCAAAGUCAAUCAGUGCAGACCAUCCACAGAGAAGAAGCAUGGCAUGAGUUGAUGUGAGAUGGAGAACCAAGUAUCUUCGAUCUAUCAUGCAACUUGACAGCUCAGCAACCUUACUAUAACUGCGAACGCCGAACGAUAUCUCUAAAAUCUUCUUGUACAGAAAAGGAAAUGGGUGGUGUUACAGCAUUGCCUGCUUCCAAGAUGAAGGAAAAAUGAGUUCUGCAAUGGCAAGGCAUUGUACUUUUAAUUUAACAUAAUUAUUUCAUUCUUUAAUUGAAGGUGGCUUGUAAUAGCUGUAAACUCGUUUUUGAUGAUGUUAUGCUAUAUUGUGGAUGUAUUUAGGGAACAAAUUGGUCGGGGUUUGAGAUAUAUGGUGUGAUAUAUACAGAGGAAAAUCCAACCAGUUGAGGCCAUUGUGCUUA